CGAAGGGAUUAAGGCUCCCCGGGGUCCGUGCAGGGAGCCCUGCCGGUGGGCUGGCCCAGGGCGCGGUCCUGGCCGCCGCCAGCCUGAGUCGGGUCUUGUCGGGGAUGCGUCCCGGCCACUUCUCCGCUCUCCCCGGCACGCCGGGGGCGGGCCCCGCAUUCUCCGCCCUUCCUGUCUGAGUCGGACCCCUGCCCUCUCGCGACUACCUGGUUGGGGCCAUGGCGACGGUGGUUUGGGGGCUUUGGGGACGGUGCUUCCCUCGCGUGUGGCUCUGCAGGAGGGUCGGGCCGUGUGGUGGCCGCCACUACCGCGCCGCGCUGUGCACCGCGUUGAAGCAGCCCCUGGCCAUUGAGGAGGUGGCCCCCCGCCCUGUCCGACCUCACGAGGUCAGAGUUGAUGUCCAUUUCUGUGGAGUUAACUUUGCUGAUAUUUUGGUCUGCCGUGGUCAGUAUCAGGAAAGGCCCCACCUUCCUUUCACACCUGAGUUCUUGGAAAUGUGGAUCCAAUGGCCAGUAAUAGCUGCGGCCGGAAGUGAUGAGAAGUGCAAGCUGGCGCUGCAGAGGGGCGCACAGUCCAGCGUGAACUACAGCCAGGGCAGCCUGAAGGAGGCAGUGAGGAAGCUGGUGGGCCGUGGUGGGGUGGACGUGGUCAUUGACACCGCAGUGUGGCGGAUUCCAGAAAGAGUCCUCCUCCGAGAAGCUGCUGCCCUGCCCGUAUCCUAUGGCACCGCUAUUAUGGCUCUGGAGCACCGAGCAUGUACCCAGCCUGGAGAAAGUGUUCUAGUGACGGCAGCCGCUGGAGCCACGGGCCUUGCAGUGAUUGAUGUGGCAACAAAUGUCCUUCAGGCCAAGAAACCACAGGGCGGUCAAAUAAAGGACGUUCCAAGGAUGAGAUUCCCAAGUCAUGGAACAAAAAGGUUAUGCUUUCCAAACCCCAGUGUUGCCUUUUCAAGAAGUCAGGUCAAUGAUGCCUUCCUUCAUGUAACAGAGCGCAAAUCCACGGGCAAGGUGCUCAUCACCCUCAAAUAAAUCCUCACCUCAGUAGCAAACUCAGAAUGUCCAAAUCCACACUCAUCAUCUUUCCAAAAACCUGAUUUCCCUCCUGUGUUUAUAAAGUGUUACCAUCUUCCUUAUUAAUUCAGGUGCAGAAUCUUUUUUUUUUUUUAAGAUUUUUAUUGGGGAAUUGGGGGGAUGGGAACAGCA